GAUUAAUCAAACAGCAAACCCUAGUUCUCCCACUUACGCCUCGAAAUAUAAACCCUUUCGACGCGGCGGCGAAAUCCCAGUGAGCGUUCGUUGUUCUCCUCGUCCUCGUCGUUGGGGAUCUUCGUCGCCAGCGGAGCGCAGAUCACCAAGAUGAAGUUCAAUAUCGCGAAUCCAACCACUGGGUGCCAAAAGAAGCUCGAGAUCGAUGACGACCAGAAACUCCGGGCAUUUUUUGACAAGAGAAUCUCUCAGGAAGUUAGUGGAGAUGCUCUUGGUGAGGAAUUCAAGGGUUAUGUUUUCAAAAUCAUGGGUGGUUGUGAUAAACAAGGUUUCCCCAUGAAGCAGGGUGUUCUGACUCCUGGACGUGUUCGUCUUCUGCUGCACAGAGGAACACCAUGCUUCCGUGGGUAUGGCAGGCGUAAUGGUGAGCGCAGGAGGAAAUCUGUUCGUGGAUGUAUUGUCAGUCCUGACCUUUCAGUCCUGAACUUGGUUAUUGUCAAGAAGGGUGAGAAUGAUCUUCCUGGGUUGACUGACACUGAGAAGCCAAGGAUGAGAGGACCAAAGAGAGCUUCUAAAAUCAGGAAGUUAUUUAACCUCUCGAAGGAGGAUGAUGUCCGCAAGUAUGUCAACACUUACCGCCGAACCUUCACUACCAAAUCAGGCAAGAAGUGCAGCAAGGCACCUAAAAUUCAGAGGCUUGUCACUCCAUUAACUCUUCAGAGGAAGCGAGCAAGAAUUGCUGAGAAAAAGAAGAGGAUUGCCAAGGCUAAGUCAGAAGCUGCCGAAUACCAGAAGCUUCUUGCCUCCAGGCUUAAGGAGCAGCGUGAGCGCAGGAGUGAGAGCUUGGCCAAGCGGAGAUCCAAGCUUUCUGCUGCAUCUAAGCCUUCUGUCGCAACCCAGGCCUAGAUCCUCCCAAUAAUGAAAUACCUACCUUAAGCAUUUCACUACUUUUUUGUAUUGCUUAUCAUUCUAAAUUCAGUUCCAAGUAAGUAUGGACCAGGCUUGACUUGCCAUUAGUUUCUUAUGUUUUUUAAAUGUUAUGGCCUCUACUCAUCUGUUUUGUUUAAUGAUAUCAAAACUUGCGGAACAGUAGUCAUUGAAGGACGGUUCAUGUUUUUUUUUA